UUCGUUCGUGCGCGUCGUCGACGCCAGCGCCAAUAAGCGGAAUCGGCAGCGGCAACGGCAUCGAAAUCGGAAUCGAAAUCGAAAUUCAACGUGAGCGAGAGACAACGGCGACUGAUCGAAAAGAAUCCCCGCGCGCAGUGAAAUUCGUGGGAACGUUGCGCAGGUGUUUCGAUCAGCGGCAGCCGAAAAAAAAUACAAAAUAAAAACAACAACAACAACUGAGCGAAACACAUAAACAAAUGCAAUUUGGAAUUUGCAAUUGGCAACUAACUAGAACGAAAAGUGAUACAAAACAUAAAUAGAGUGCGAAUAAGCGUAUAAAGCAUGGCCGAAGCGAUUAGCACAGCAGCCAGCAGCAUGGAGCUGGCGCUGAAGGAUACAAAUGUGGGUGGCCUCAUCGUGGACAUGACACCGACGACGGCCGCGCUGCUGCACCACAAUGCGCUGGCGCUGCGCAGUUUGAAGGAAGCGGCCGCCGCGAGCGCAUCGGAAUCCGAGCAGCCGGAGCCGCGUUCGCUGGCAACGACGCCGACGCCGACGCCAACGAAUCUCAGCACUGGGCCGCAUUCGCCGCCGAUGACAUUCCGCUGCGAGCGCUGCGACAACUUCGAGACGAGCUCGCGGGCGACGCUCCUGCUGCACGUGGUCCAAUGCCUGGCCGGGCAGGCGGCGGCCGCGGCGGCGGUGGCGGUGCGCCUGAAGAGCGAGGGCCACGAGGAGCCCGAAAACAUGAGCGUCAGUCACAUGGACAGCUGCAAACAGGAGCCCGCCGCGGAUGCAGUCGGCGGCUCCAGCUCAUCGGCCAGCUCCUCGCCGGCGGGCAAUGGCAAUGGGAAUGGGAAUGGCAACAGCAGCGGGAACGCCUCGCGCAAGGUCUUCGAGUGCGAUGUGUGCAACAUGAAGUUCUCGAAUGGGGCCAAUAUGCGGCGCCACAAGAUGCGGCACACGGGCGUUAAGCCGUACGAGUGCCGCGUCUGCCAGAAGCGCUUCUUCCGCAAGGAUCAUCUCGCCGAGCACUUUACGACGCACACGAAGACGCUGCCCUAUCAUUGCCCCAUCUGCAAUCGCGGCUUCCAGCGCCAGAUUGCGAUGCGUGCGCACUUCCAGAACGAGCACGUCGGCCAGCACGAUCUGGUCAAGACGUGCCCCCUGUGCAGCUAUCGUGCCGGCUCCAUGAAAUCGCUGCGCAUCCAUUUCUUCAAUCGGCACGGCAUCGAUCUGGACAACCCCGGACCUGGCGGCACCUCCUCCCUGCUGCUCGCCCUCGAAUCGCAGGCAUCUGCCGCAGCCGCCGCCGCGGCGGCAGCAGCUGCCGUCAGCUACUCGCAGCCGCAGCUCAGCAAUGUGCAGCCGCCGCCGCCGCUGCCGCCAACUGCGGCGCCACCCUCGGCGCCGGCCAGUCAUCAGAGCGACAGCGGCGAAUCGAUGCGCUCGUUGGAGAAUGCGACGCCUCCGAUGCAUUUCCUGACGCCGCACGUCGAGAUCUCAACGCUCAACGAGAGCGGCAACACGGAGCUGUUCAAUCUGAUUUGCGUCUUGCGUGAAUCCUUUGUCUUACAGGGCAACAACAACAACAAUAACAACAACAAUUGCAACAGCAACAACAACAACAACAACAACACGGAUCUGGAGUCCAGCUGUGAGCAGAUGAAGGAGCAUCCGCUGCUGCUGGCCCCGCAGGAUCUGCCCAUGGACUGCAAGGCCACGCCCAUCACGUCCAGCACGACAACGAGCCUGAGCAGCAGCAAGAGCCACCAUUCCCAUGCACAUGCCCAUGCCCAUGCCCAUCAUCCACAUCAUCAUCCACAUUCACAUCCACAUUCGCAUCAUCAUGAGAAUCACAUAACGCCUUCGAUUAGCCUAAUACCCAUCAAGCAGGAGCCGCUGCUCGAGGAUGCCGACAAGAAGGACUCGCUCAAUGGCAGCGCCGCCUGCGAUGCCAACAGCGAUACGGAAAUCGCUGCCAACAACAACAACAACAAUAGCAACAACAACAACAACAACAACAGAAUCACCUCACUGAUUAAGGUCUCGCCCCUCAAAUCGCUGCUGCGUGAGGACCUGAAGCGACGGAUCUGUGCGAAGGCGAACAAUCGGAUCACGCGGAAUGCGACGCCGCUGGAGCACGAGCUGCAGAGUCUGCCGCAGACGAUGUUGAAUGGCGGCGGGGCUGGUGGCGCUGCGGGCGGCGGCACGGGUGCGACCACGCCCACAACGCCGGCGGGCGGCAGUCACAAUGGGAACAGCGCCGCGACGCCCAUCUGCAACGGGACGAUCACGUCGACGGGGCAGGAGAGCGAGCUGCAGCUGAAUCGCAAGCAGAUACUGACGUGCCACUUCUGCGGCAUUGAGUUCCCCGACGAGACGCUCUACUUUCUGCACAAGGGCUGCCACUGCGAGAGCAAUCCGUGGAAGUGCAACAUCUGCGGCGAGCAGCUGAACAACGUUUACGAGUUCAAUGCGCAUCUGCUCAGCAAGAGCCAUCAAUAGCAGCCACAGUUUGGCGGCAACUGACAGUUGCCAGCCACCUAAAAAAAAAAACCAACAAACAAACAGAACAAAAAACAUUUAUCUAAAUGCAAGAUAUAGCUCAAACUGAGACGGAAGCAGAACAAAUAUAACACACUAGUUUAAAGUUGAUUAACAAGAAUUUUUACAAAAAGAAAAAAGAGUUAAGAAAAAAACAAUGAGAGCUACGUAGUUACCUAAUCCCACACAACGAGAAGAGGAGAUAGUUGAGAAUUCUUCUCGAAUGAGAAAUCAAACAAUUAAAAAUCCCAAAUCCCCAAAUCCUGUUAUGUAGUCUUAAUUAAUGCAAAUUUUUUUAGUCUGUAGUCUUUGGUGUAUAUAAGAGAUAUACGAAAUAGGAAGGAAAACAACAUAAAUAAGAGUAAAAGAAAAAGGCAAUAAAUUUAACAGCCAGUUUAACUGGCAGCUAAGCUUACGUUAUACGUAAAGCAACAGUUGUUAGUGCAAGUAGGCGACGCCAGAGGGCGCCUCAAAGGCGUCGCAAGGUUUUUAAACUAGGCAUUUCACACACACACACACAUAUAUAUACAAACAGCUAGACAUAUAUACAUAUAUAUAUAUAUAAAUAGAGGUCUGUGCACUCUUUUGUCCAUAUACUCCACAUAUGACCAUAACUAAGGGCUUUCAAUUUGUUAUGUUUUUCAGAGUUUAUCUAGAAAGAGGAAGAGCGAGAGAGCAGCAGCAAAAAAAAAAACAAAAUAGAACACAA